UCUUUCGUAUGCCUUUCGCGGGGGCCACGGGGUUGGCUCACGUCGUCGUUCUUGUUCUCGUUCUCGCAUUCACCCCACCGUCAAGUCCAUCAGCAGCCCUGUCUUACCGUGGCCGACCAGAGAUGACGAGGUGAUUCGAGAUGGUAACUCAGUCAAGGAAAAUUUAAUUGGAAUUUUCCUAAGAGCAAGUGCGAAAAGACUAAAAACAUCAAGAACGAAGAAGAAUACAAGUAAAUUAUAACGGAGGAAUACAUCAAGUAUUAUCAAUUUGGCAAAGAAGAGUUUAAAUACGACCAUAAAGGUCUUUUUAUUAAUCUCUCUCACCUCUCGUAGAACGUUUUUCAUCACCAGCAGCAGCCCUGGCCUGCCACAAUCCCUUCGAUUCUGUUAUCAAUUGUGAGCAAAGUGAAAUAAAUUUUUAUCAAGGUUAUUGAUAAAAAAUAAUAAUCGUGAGAAUGGAGAUAUCUGUUAGCUUGUACUAGAGUCGAGAUGGAGCUGACAAAAGUUUAGAGGUAUCACGAUGGCGGCCAGUGAAAUAUUGAAAAUAAUUCUUGCCCAAGUUAUUUUUCAUUUUUUUCAUCAUCUAUGUCGUCAGUGGUUCAUUCCUCACGUGAACAAGUAGAAAAAACAUAGGACGAAGGAAUAGAUUGCGUGAGAGAGAAGGAGUGUGUGUGCAAAAGUUGCCGUAUCCGGCAGUAGUACGCAGAGUAGUGUGACGCCCGCAGAAGUUUCUAAUAAAAGCGCGCGAACGACGCUCAUUACCAACCAAAGGGUGCCGUGCAAUUCAAUAUGUCAUUCGGCACUUCAUAUACCUACAAAGUGUACAAGUGCUGUGGCGUUGGAGGUGGCGCGUCUACGGCACCUCAAGCCACUCAACUUCUGGGAACUGGGAGUGUUGGUACUACUUCUGGAAGAACCACCAUUAUGCAGGACCCAGUACUUGAAUCUAUUCUGGAGCAAAUGCGGGAAACAGAAGCCCGUCGAGCUGACCUGGAACGGCAGCAUGCAGAAACACAGAAUCAAUUACGAGAAAAGAUAGCAGGCCGAUAUCAAGGGCCAGAAUCUAUUGAAGCACUACAGUCAAAAAUUCGAGAGUUAGAAAAAAAAACAGAACUACAAAUGGUAAGGCAUGAAGAAUUAUCAUUAGAAUUGACUAGUCUUAGACGAGCACGUAGUCGAGGCCCGGGUUCUACUGUUUCGUCAAAUAUAACUGGAACAACGUGGCCACCAGCAGGAUCAGAAAUUGAUAGGAUUAUUGCAAAAAUUGAACAAGAUAACAGUGGUAGAAUUUUACAUGAAUUUGAUCAUACAAGAGGUUCAGUGACAACACAACAACCAUCAUCAGCGCAGAGGAUUUUAAGGUCAAGUGCUGAAAAUUUAUCAAACUUAGGACAUCAGCAUCCACCUCAUCCUCAUGCACUUGAACUUGGUGAUCUUGGAAGAUCACAUUAUAUGGGUUCACCAAUGCCAUUAACGCCUAUGAUGCCUGGAUGUCCGCCAUUAACGCCAAAUGGGCCUCCAUACCAUUACAGUGAACCUAUUCCUCCAGCACCAUCCCUUUCCACCAGCCAAUCACAGCCAGCAUUUCAACAGAAGCUCCAGCAAUAUCAUCAUCAACAUCAAACACAUAUUGACCUUACUAGCUCCCAUUCACAAAGUACUCUACAAUCUCAGCAGCAGCAACAACAACAGCAACAAUCACAACAACAUCAAAAACCAGCGCACACGCAUUAUACGACCAAUCAGUAUCAAGAAAGUUAUCCACAUACCCACACGCAAUCAUAUCAACAGUCAUUGCAACAACAGCCUCAACAGAGUCAACAAUCGCAAAUGCCUGCUACAAGCUCAUAUUUGGGAUCCACUAAUCAGACUGUUCUGCCUCAUUACAGUCAACCGAGCCAGGCUGGACAAUCUUUCCAACUUAAUGGCACUCAACAGAGUACGACUUACCCAAGUUUGUCAUUGACUUCACAUCCAAAUGGCACAUUUACCUCGGGUGUAGGAAGUACUUAUGGUACAACACAUCAGCUUGGUCAUCUUAAUUAUUCAGUACCCCAAUCGAAUCUUACUCAAACAACGUUAUCAUCAUUACCGCCUUAUUCGUCAUCAUCGUAUCAUUCAACACUCAGUGUACUUCCUAGUGUAUCCCAGUCUGUGCUUCCUUUCUCUAGUGUACAAAGCAGUUUUAGUACUACUGGAUCUACGUACUCGACAGUUGGGACCAAUGCCUCCUUUGGCACUUCUGGUAUUAGUUCAGGAUCAUCAUCAGGCGGUUUAUUACAAGCAAUUAAUGAUCCACUCCAUGCCAUGCAACAGCUAUCAGCUCAAUCUCAAGCAAAUCAACUUCAACAACAAGCAAUUAUCCAACAGAUACAACAAAGUUUACGCGCAACGUCUCCAACUGCUACAUCAACUACAGGUCAUCAUUUUCUUGGACCCCGACAAAUGCCAAAAAUACCUACAGGAAUUCUGACAAAUCCUUUGGAUCGUCUAACUAAUGAAAACAUUUUGCCUGAGGGACAAGUUGAUAUGUUAGAUAUUCCUGGAAAGGGCAGAUGUUACGUGUAUAUCGCUCGUUUUAGUUAUGAGCCAUUUCAACAUUCUCCUAAUGAAAAUCCUGAAGCUGAGCUUCCGGUUCAAGGUGGUGAUUAUUUGUUAGUUUGGGGUCAACCUGAUGAAGAUGGUUUUUUGGAUGCUGAAACAUUAGAUGGACGUAGAGGACUUGUACCAGCUAAUUUUGUUCAGAAACUUGUUGGUGAUGAUCUCCUUGAAUUUCAUCAAGCUGUUAUGGGUCUUCGAGAUGUCGAUGAUGCAGUAUCAACCAAUAUUCCUCAAUGUUAUUUGCAAGACAUUGACUUGGAAUUAGCAGCGCUAGAAGAAGGUAAUCGAAAUCGACAAGCUGAAUUAUCAGCAUAUGCAGAAUUAGAUAAUAUAGCAGAGGAAGAUGAACAGGAACCACCAGUUCCGGCGCCGCAGCAUCUCACUCUUGAACGGCAACUCAAUAAGAGCGUUUUGAUUGGAUGGACGGCCCCAGAGAAUCAAUCCCAACUCGAGUCUUAUCAUGUUUAUGUGGAUGGUGUACUUAAGGUGACUGUGAAGGCUACAGAGAGAACGAGAGCAUUAGUGGAAGGAGUAGAUUCAACUCGGCCUCACAGAAUAAGUGUUCGUUCAGUAACUCACUCAAGAAGAACAUCAAGAGAUGCUGCCUGUACAAUGGUAAUUGGGAAGGACGUAGCGAUUGGUCCAACGGCUGUUAAAGCAUCGAAUGUCACUGCAACGAGCGCUGUAAUAUCUUGGCUACCAAGUAAUAGCAAUCAUCAACAUGUUGUGUGCGUUAACAAUGUUGAAGUGAGAACUGUAAAACCUGGUGUAUAUCGUCAUACAAUUACUGGACUUGCGCCUUCGACAAUUUAUCGAGUUACCGUUAAAGCAAAAAAUCUUCGUGCUACUCACUUUGAGGACCAAAAUGCUCAAUCGGCCAAUAAUCUUGCCUGUCACGUACAUUUCAAGACUCUACCCAAGGGUCUACCUGAUCCUCCGGUCGAUAUCCAGGUGGAGGCUGGACCGCAGGACGGCACUUUGCUAGUGACCUGGCAGCCUGUUGCCCUAAACGGUUCGGCCGUCACCGGUUAUGCGGUUUACGCGGACGGCAAGAAGGUUACUGAUGUGGAUAGUCCAACAGGAGAUCAUGCUUUAGUUGAUAUACACAAGUUAAUGGGCCUUAAUCCCAAAGCAAUUACUGUAAGAACAAAAAGUCGAGAAAGUCAAUCUGGUGAUAGUUGUGCUACUGCAAUACCAUGUAGCGUGUUGCGAGGUGGAACUCACAUUCAGCCUGGAAUGGAUCAUCUGGGUGAUCAACAACAGCAAUCAUAUCUUAAUAUGGGUUCAGGACGCCAAAGAGGACCAGGCGCACCUGUGCCUUCGCAUAUGAGACGUCAAGGUGUUACUAGGGUUGAUGCUCAUGGUCAAGUUAUCAUUGAAACUGAUGAAAAUCUUUCUGAUAAAGAAAUUUAUCCUGGACAGAAUAUUUCACAAAUGGGCAUUCCGGAAAUAACAAAAGAUUCAGCUAGUGAGGCCAAUUAUAGUGAAGAAGAUGAUCCAACGAGAAGAGCUAGAGGAAUGCAACAGCACCAUGGAAGCCAUCAUCGAUAUGGGCCUCAAUCUAGUGGACCUCAGGGUCCACCAGGAACUCAUAGAUCAAAUCGAAUGGGACCACGUGGUCCAGAAUAUUAUGGUGAUCAACCAGGCGCUCAACGAGGUAGAGGGCCUGGUUUCCGCGGAGGACGAGGAGGUCAAGCUCAAGGCCCUCCACAUCCUGGUGCUCAACAAAUGAAUAAAAGAAUACGUUGGUUUAUUGCACUUUUCGAUUAUGAUCCCACAACUAUGUCUCCGAAUCCUGAUGCUUGUGAAAUUGAAUUACCAUUUUCUGAAGGUGAUACAAUUAAGGUUUACGGUGAGAAAGAUGAUGAUGGAUUUUAUUGGGGUGAGUGUCGUGGAAGAGAAGGCUUUGUUCCACAUAAUAUGGUUGAAGAAUUAAAAAAUCCACCUCCGGGCGCUCAAGGUCAGAAUCAGCAAGGAAGAAGAGGCCAAAAUGACAGGUGGGGUGACAUUUAUACCAAUAUGCCAGUGCGGAAGAUGAUUGCUCUUUAUGAUUACGAUCCUCAAGUUUCUUCACCAAAUGUUGAUGCUGAGCAUGUUGAGUUACGUUUUCAAACUGGAAACGAGAUUUAUGUCUACGGAGAAAUGGAUGAUGAUGGUUUUUAUAUGGGCGAAUUAGAUGGUGUACGUGGCCUCGUACCAAGUAAUUUCCUUACAGAAGCUGGUCCUAAUAAAGGUCAACCACCACAAGCUAAUAGAAGACCACCAGGACAAGGUCAAGGACCUGGUGCUCGUGGACCACCUCCACCACCAAGAGAACCACCACCACUAGGACAUCGACGUAGUAAAGAUGCCUGCAUUGUGCCUGUGUCUGUCCCUGUCUGUCACUUAGACUCUAGACAACUACAACAACAACCACAACAACAAAACAAUCCACCGCAUCUAGCGUACCAACAAGCGAAUCACCACAGCUACACAACUGUAACAACGUCGAAUCAACACGGUGGUCCAGGUGCAGGUGUUGCACCCCAUAACGCGCAUCAACAGGGUACCGUACCACCUCACCUUCAGCAGCAGGGGAGGGGGAGAGGCGUGGGCAAUCGGGCCGGUGGUAGUAAUAUUCCUGGACAAGGUGGACCCCAACAAUUCCAGCAACAACAUCAACAAGAUUAUCAGCAACAACAGCAACAAAAUCAACAGGGAUAUAAUCAACAGAAUCCUAAUACUUAUCAACAGCAAGGACCACAAGGUUAUCAGCAACAAAACUUCCAACAGCAACAGCCUCAACAAACAGGACCACAACAAUAUGGUCAACAGAAUCAAGGUCAAAAUCUUCAAGGUCCACAAGCAAAUAAACCAAUGCGUGGAAUUCCAGCAGUUAUUCCAACUGCUCAAUCGAAGCCUACUGAUCAACCAGCUCAGCAACAACAACAACAGCAGCAGCAACAGAGCACUGGACCUAAUCUUAUGCAAAAGUUUACUGAAAUGGCUGGUGCCAGUGCUGGUGGUGAUAUCCUAUCAAAAGGAAAAGAAUUGAUAUUUAUGAAAUUUGGCUUAGGAAAGUGAGUUCAUGCUAUUAUUCUUAUCUCCAUAUCAACUUGGAGAACAACAUGGUGUGGUAAGAAAUUUUUACUAGAGACUUACAAUAUAAUCUCGUGACAAAGGUAGAAUUCGUUCCUGCUAUGAGGAACGAUGCCUAAGAGAUAAUGGAAGACUUGAUAUUGGGAGUAUUUAAAGAUUAAUAAUUUAAUACGCAUAUAUAUGUUAUUGGUUAUGAUACUGCUGCUGUUGACCUUAUUGCUGCCUGGAUUGUGCAAUAUAAUUACCAAUGCAACCCCGUUGUUUAUUGAAGAAGCUUCUUUGUGAUUCAUCAAUGAAUUAUAUUUAAAAAAAAAAAAAACUAAAGCGUUAAUAAUGUAUUCCAAACAUUAGUUAUUCGCGUGUAUUAUCUUAAACCACAUAUAAAAUAAAUUAAAUAAAUAUCAUUGAAUUCAUUUUAAACAAA